AUGCCUCGUCUGGAACAACCGCCGCCGGAGGAUUUUCGUCGCGUCCUGCGAGAGAAGGCUCUAAGCCACAGCUUGUUCUAUCUCAAGCUAGGCGCCGGCGUGGCCCCUGAACGGGCGAAGAGCCAGUCGCGUCGUGCGAGCGACAGUAUCAACGCGCGUGCGCCGGCGACCGCGCGCCUCAGAAAUGCGCAGCCGAGAGUUUCUGAGUUAUUGCGACGUUUUGAACCAGGACCGAUGCAGUACCUGCGCCUGCCGCGAUCCUCGAGCCCUCACGACGACAUCACCUCAUCGGAUGAUGACGACAGGGCCGCUGUCAGGCGACGCAGCAGGGAUCUGAGCGACGACUCCGCUGUCGAACUGGAACCGAGAAGACGGCAUUCACACCCUCGGGAUAUCACUCCACCACCAGAUGCUAUGUCCCCGAGGAGAGAGAGGACUCUGAUUGAGGCUAAUGUUGUGGAGUUGGGAAGAAGGGGUAGCGAAGGAUGCGAGACCAGGGGCAGGUGUGUGAGGACCCCUAGCGUUGUUGUGAGUGACUAUUCAGAUGGAGUAGCUGUGGGCGCUACUCAAGAAGAGGUUGAUUGGUUGCGGGCAAGAUCCCUCUCAGCAGAUUCAGCCUGUUCAUCGUGUUCUACUCUCUCCAGCCGCGAUGACGAGGAGUUCGAGUCUCCUAUUCUACCAAAAAAGGUGAGUAAGAAUUAA